AUGUCCGUAUUCUCGCUUCAAUGCUGCGUGACGUUCCUGCUCGUUGGUCUUAAAGUAAUAUAUCUGGGUGCCGCCAGUGGCUUUGUGCCCACAGUUCUUAGCACUCCGAAUUCGCGUAAUCAACUCGGUCGACGGCUGGUGAAUCCGGAUACGCAAGGGAUAGACACGCAGUCGCCAAGCGGAACUUUGCGCAAUCAACUCGGUCGACGGCUGGUAAAUCCGCAAUCGCAUCAGGAUACGCAAGGGAUAGACACGCAGUCGCCAAGCGGAAGUUUGCGGAAUCAACUCGGUCGACGGCUGGUAAAUCCGCAAGCGCGUCAGGAUACACACGGGAGGACAGCAAUAGAUCAUGGAUGA